AUGGCUGACCGCCGCAGUGACCUUCCGAUACUCUUCCCGUAUCCUAGAAUAUACCCGGAGCAAUAUGAGUACAUGUGUGCGCUCAAGAAGACCUUGGAUGCAGGCGGACACUGCGUUUUGGAGAUGCCUUCAGGCACAGGCAAAACAGUUACUCUGCUGUCAUUAAUCGUCGCGUACCAGCAGCAUCACCCCGAAAAGCGGAAGCUGAUCUACUGCUCACGUACUAUGUCGGAGAUCGAAAAGGCUUUGGCCGAGCUGAAGGCUCUCAUGAAGUAUCGAACCGAGCAACUAGGCUAUGAAGAGGACUUCCGGGGCCUCGGUUUGACUAGCCGGAAGAACCUAUGUCUUCACCCGUCAGUAAAGCGCGAAAAGAGUGGCAACGUUGUGGACGCACGAUGUCGAAGCUUGACAGCAGGUUUCGUCAAAGAGAAGAAGGAACGAGGAGAGGAUGUGGAACUAUGUGUUUACCAUGAGAACCUCGAUCUGCUAGAACCGCACAAUCUGAUACCGCCCGGUGUCUGGACGCUUGACGGCCUGCUCAGGUAUGGCGAGCAACAGAAGCAAUGUCCAUACUUCACAGCUCGGAGAAUGAUGCCAUUCUGUAACGUCAUCAUCUACUCCUACCACUAUUUAUUGGACCCGAAGAUUGCGGAACGAGUGUCGAAAGAACUGUCGAAAGACUGCAUCGUGGUGUUUGACGAAGCCCACAACAUCGACAAUGUCUGUAUUGAGUCGCUCAGUAUCGACAUUACGGAUGACUCUCUCAAAAAGGCUACCACGGCAGCCAACAGCCUCGACCGCAAGAUCACCGAGAUGAAGUCUACGGAUGCAGAGAAGCUGCAGAAUGAAUAUGCCAAGCUUGUCGAGGGCUUACGGGAUGCCGAUGAAGCUAGAGAUGAAGACGCUUUCAUGGCAAACCCAGCACUACCUGAUGACUUGCUAAAAGAAGCUGUACCCGGCAACAUCCGGCGAGCGGAGCACUUCAUUUCGUUCCUCAAGCGAUUCAUCGAGUACUUGAAGACGCGAAUGAAGGUUCUCCAUGUCAUCUCAGAAACUCCGCCGUCUUUCCUUAAUCACGUGAAGGAACUUACUUUCAUCGAGAAGAAGCCAUUGCGAUUCUGCGCGGAGCGCCUGACGUCCCUAGUGAGGACACUGGAACUGACUAACAUCGAGGAUUACCAGGCACUCCAGGAAGUAGCUACAUUCGCUACCCUCGUCUCAACGUAUGACACCGGGUUUCUCCUCAUUCUUGAGCCAUUUGAAACGGAAACUGCAACAGUCCCCAAUCCCGUUCUGCACUUCACCUGCCUCGAUGCGGCUAUAGCCAUCAAGCCCGUUUUUGAGCGAUUCAGCUCCGUCAUCAUCACUUCCGGUACCAUCUCGCCCAUGGAGUUCUACCCGAAAAUGCUCGGUUUCACGACCGUCAUCGAGCAAUCCUUCACCAUGACUCUCGCCCGCAAAUCGUUCCUUCCAAUGAUCGUCACCCGCGGUAGUGACCAAGGUGCCAUCAGCUCUGGCUUCCAAACCCGCAACGACCCCUCCGUCGUCCGCAACUACGGCAACCUCCUCAUCGAAUUCUGCAAGCUGACACCCGACGGCGUCGUGGUGUUCUUCCCGUCAUACCUCUACAUGGAGUCCACCAUCGCCAACUGGCAAGGCGCUGGCAUACUCGACUCGAUCUGGAAAUACAAGCUCAUCCUUGUCGAGACGCCCGACAGCCAGGAAACUUCACUUGCUCUCGAGACGUACCGCACAGCCUGCAACAACGGACGCGGCGCCGUCCUGCUGUGCGUCGCGCGUGGCAAGGUCAGCGAGGGGAUAGACUUCGACCACCACUACGGGCGGACGGUGUUAUGCAUCGGCGUCCCAUUCCAGUACACCGAAUCCCGCAUCCUGAAAGCGCGGCUCGAGUUCCUCCGCGAAACCUACCACAUCAAGGAAAACGACUUCCUGUCCUUCGAUGCCAUGCGGCACGCAGCACAGUGCCUAGGCCGCGUGCUGCGCGGCAAGGACGACUACGGAAUCAUGGUGCUCGCGGACCGCCGCUUCGCGAGGAAGAGGAAGGAGCUGCCGAACUGGAUUAAUCAGAUGUUGCCGGACUCGGAUGCGAAUCUGAGCGUGGAUCAGGCGGUGGCGAUUGCGAGGAAGUUUUUGAGGGAUAUGAGCGUGCCGUAUCCGGAGCGCUUACAGGAGGGUGUUAGCAGGUGGAGCUUGGAGGAUUUGGAGAGGUAUAAGCAGAAGAAAGAGGAGGAGGAGAUUAGGCAUUUGCAGAUGCGGCAGGAUGGUGGGAGUGCCAUGAACGGCGAUCAUGUCAUGGGUGGGAUGGAGGAGUUUGAUGUUGAGGAGGAUGAGGAGGCGCUGAUGGCGGAUUUGUAG